GCCGCCGGUGGUGAGCUGCACCAGUUCCCGGCACUCAGACAUCCGCCAUGACCCUCCGCGUUUUCGUCGCCGCCCUCGUGGCCAUCCUUGUUUCCGUGGCUAGUGCCAUGCCCCAGCCGGAGGCUGAGCCAGGCUUCCGCGGCGGCUUUGGCCACGGCGGAUUCGGCGGCGGCUUUGGUGGAGGCUUCGGCGGUUACGGAGGAUAUCGCGGCAAGAGAAGCGCCGAGGCUGACCCUGAGCCAGGCUUCCGCGGCGGCUUUGGCCACGGCGGUUUUGGUCAUGGUGGCUUCGGUGGCUUCGGCGGCUUCGGAGGAUACCGCGGCAAGAGAAGCGCCGAGGCUGAUCCUGAGCCAGGCUUCCACGGCGGCUUUGGCCACGGCGGUUUUGGUCAUGGUGGCUUCGGUGGCUUCGGCGGCUUCGGAGGAUACCGCGGCAAGAGGAGCGCCGAAGCUGACCCUGAGCCAGGGUUCCGCGGCGGCUUUGGCCAUGGCGGCUGCUGUGGUGGCUUUGGUGGCGGUUUUGGAAGCGGCUUUGGUGGUUACCGCGGCAAGAGAAGUGCUGACCCUGAGCCAAGUUUCCGCGGCGGCUUUGGUGGUUUCCAUGGAGGCUUUGGCGGGUAUGGCGGAGGGUUUGGCAGCUUUGGUUACGGCAAGUGAAGGGAAUUGUCCCGCGACAGUUGAAACUGACGUGUUUAGCUGUUAAUGACGAAAUAAACUGUACCCAGAA